UCAUAACACCACGAGGCACGAACUACAGAGUUGGCUUAGGUUAUUCUGUGAUUCUUCUGAUGAAUAAUAAAAUGUUUUUUUUUAAUACAUAAUUUACAUUGUUUAUUUUAGUAUGUUUGUACCCUUAUCUCAACUUAUAUUAAAGUCUACAAAGUUUUACAAGUAUUUUAUUAUUCAGACGAUGUCUACUAACAGCAAAAUAUAUUCAAAAGUAGCAGUGUGUCAAAUGACGGCUACGAAUAAUAAAGAAAAGAAUUUAGAAAUAAUUAAAAAAUUAGUAAAAAAUUCAUCAGAAUUUGAAGCUAAGGUAGUAUUUUUACCUGAAGCCUGUGAUUACAUAGCAACAGAUAUUACUGAGGCAAGGUCUCUAGCGGAAUCUCUAAAUGGACCGUUACUUGCAGAAUAUAAAAAUCUUGCCAAACAGUACAAAUUGUGGCUCUCAAUCGGAGGUUUCCAUGAAAGGCUUGAUGAGACCAUUUACAAUUCUCACAUUUUAAUAGACGAUUGUGGAGAAAUUAAAUCAAUAUACCGCAAAAUUCAUCUGUUCGAUGUCACCAUUCCUGAAAAAAAUAUUUUUCUGAAAGAAUCUGAUCUGAAUACAGGAGGAUCGCAGAUUUGCCUGCCCAUUAAUACACCCGUAGGAAAGUUAGCACUAUCAACAUGUUACGAUUUGAGAUUUCCCGAGCAGAGCAUAUUGCAAACCAAAAUGGGCGCGGAAAUAUUAUCAUAUCCCUCUGCUUUUACGAAAGUCACAGGGGAGGCCCAUUGGGAAGUACUGCUAAGAGCUAGGGCUAUUGAGAAUCAGUGCUAUGUGGUUGCUGCGGCUCAGUACGGCAAGCAUAACAUCAAGAGGGUGUCAUUCGGACAAUCUAUGAUCGUUGAUCCUUGGGGCAAAAUUCUGGCGGCUUGCGAGAAGUACACAGGGGGAGAAGAGGCAAACGAGAGCGUUGCUGUCGCUGAGAUAAACAAGGAUGUUUUGGUGAAAAUCAGGCAAGAAAUGCCCGUUUUUAAACAUCGUCGAAAUGACAUAUACAGCUUGAAUCUGUUAAGAGAGGAAACAAAUCAAAUUGAUGAUAACGAGACUUUCCACUUUGCAGAUAAAGUCAUUCCAGGUUCUACUGUUUUCUGCCGAUCUCGGUACAGCUAUGCUUUCACGAAUCUGAGAUGCGUGGUUCCUGGUCAUGUCUUGGUUUCAACACUGAGGGUGGCAAAUAAGUUGAUGGAUUUAACGAAGGAAGAAAUAGAGGACUUAUUCCAAACAACCGUCAGGGUACAAAGAACCGUAGAACAGGAAUAUAAGGCUAAUUCUUCUACCGUUACUGUCCAAGACGGACCAUUCGCAGGACAAACUAUCCCUCACGUUCACGUUCACAUUUUACCAAGGAAACAAGGCGAUUUUCAGAGGAACGACGACGUUUAUCUCCAAUUAGCCAAGCACGAUAGAGACGAUAACCCCAGUCCUCUUAGGUCGGGAGAGGAAAUGGCGGAAGAAGCCAGACGACUUAGAAAAUAUUUCUUAUAAAUUGUUAAUUAGUGAUGUGGUAUUGAAAACGAGGUUGAAUAUUUUUAAUAUGUAUGUAAGAAAAUAUAAAUUGGCUGAAACAGAUA